AUUUGGUGUGAUUUUAAACCCAAUCUCUCGUUCUAGGGUUUAUCACCCCCGUCAUCUUCGUCGGCGAGAUCAAUUGCGGACUCCGUCGAUUACGAUUUUUACAGUUGUUGUGUGUGUUUUUUGAAGUGAUAAAGAAGAAAUGGGUGACAAGAGGAAGAAGACGUUCAUGUUCAUCCGUCUAGUAUCAGCAGCUGGGACUGGAUUCUUCUACGUCAAGAGGAAGAGUACCAAGGGACUUCUUGAGAAGCUCGAGUUCCGUAAGUACGAUCCUCGAGUUAAUCGCCAUGUCCUCUUUACUGAGCAGAAAAUGAAGUGAUGAGACUUAAUGAAUGCUGCCUGUUUCAAACCUUUGUUACAAUCAAUAUGCAAGUUACACUUUCAUCAAUCUAAUAAUUUCUCUAUUUAUAAACUAUUUGUUGGAUUCUCUAAAACAUAAUUAAAACAUGAUAUUAUUUUGAUCAA